AUGACCGAAUCAAAUUCGUUGCUUACGCCAAAGUCAUCUGGACCUGGAAAACGGUCGUCGUUGGCACCAAAUUUAAUUAUGGCCAUCUUCGUAACGUGUCUGGGCCCCGUUCAAUUUGGAUAUCAUAUUGCCGAACUUAAUGCCCCACAAAAGACUAUGAUUUGCUCAUCUCAAAUAUCCUCUACAAAUUCAAGCUUCAUUUUCCAAAAAUAUGGGUUAGACACGUGUAUCCGGAUGACUGACCAACAACUGGGUGCUAUUACUGCUUCGUUCUCCAUCGGUGGUCUUGUAGGCUCUUUUGUAGCAGGUAAACUAGCUGAAAAAUAUGGAAGAAAAUAUGUCAGUGUCGUGAAUUGUUUGAUUGCAUUUUUAGGGUCUUUUAUCAUGUUCUUUUCCAAUAGUGUUUUGCCCAUGAUUUUGGGGAGAACAAUUGUCGGUAUUGCCGCUGGUGUUUCCGUUGUCGUGACUAGUUUAUUUAUUAAUGAUGUUGCCCCUGUCGAUUGGAGAGGAUCUUUGGGGACCAUGAAUCAAUUGAGUAUUAAUUUGGGAAUUCUUUUAACACAAUUUGCUGGAUUGAAAUUUGUUCGUAAUGAAGAUGAUGGGAAAUGGAGAUGGGUUAUGUUUAUUGGAAUGGUUUUGGCUAUCCUGAAUUUGGUACUUUGGAUUAGAGUUGCAGAAUCUCCAAGAUGGCUCUUGGCUCAAGGUGAUGUUAUUGGAGCUGAGAAGGCUUUAUUCCUCUUACGUAUUGGAUCGUAUCAAGAUGUUAAACAAGAGGUACAGACGUGGAAGAAUGAAAACAAUAAUAGUUCCAAUAAUGACACCGAGGCUAAUCAGUCAACACGGGACAUAUCAUUGAAAGAGUAUUUCAAAGAAUCUCAAUUCAAGAAGGCACGUACUGCAAUAACGGCAAUACUAGUGGGUCAACAAUUCUGCGGGAUUAAUUCUAUCAUAUUUUAUGGUGUGAAAGUGAUAAGCCAAUUGUUGCCGCAACAUGCAGUUUUAAUCAAUUUAGGGAUCUCGCUAUUGAAUGUUAUCUUUACAUUUGUUUCUUCUACUAUAAUUGAUAAAUUUGGUAGAAAGCCAUUAUUAAUUACCUCGACCUCCAUUAUGGCCUUCUCAUCCUUUAUUAUCAGUAUUUCCAUAGUAGGCAAAUUUCCUAUAAUUUUGGUUUCAUCGACGUAUCUUUACAUCGUUGCAUUUGCACUUGGUGUCGGACCCAUUCCCUUUUUAAUCAUUGGAGAACUAUCUAAUAAGGAUGAUAAGGCCGUGGCACAAAGUUAUGGGACAGUUUGUAAUUGGAUUGCAACUUUCGUAGUUGGAUACACCUUCGCUGUGUUAAGCAACUGGUUCUCGGGCUAUGUUUAUAUGCUAUUUGCAGCCUUUGCCCUUUGGUUUGCAUUUUACAUCAAGAGACAUAUCCCUGAGACCAAGGGGAAAGUGGAUUACAGAGACGUUUGGUCUGGAUAUUAG